CUGGUGUCACCUAGAGCGGGGGGGGGCGGAGGGUUGUUUAUUCAGGCAGAUAAACAACAUUGAGGUCUUUAGUUCGUUUCUCUCUGGUUUAAUCACGCAGUCAGAUCGGCAGUUAGUAGGACUCCUCCAGCCGAGGUCAGAGGCCUGUUAGCGCAGCAGCAGCAGCAGCAUGGACGCGGUUCCAGGAUAAAAAGUGGAUCCUCGUCGGUGGUUUCCUACCUCUGUUCCUGCCUCUGAUUUUUAGCGGCCACCUACUCGCCUCGGGCUCCGGGGGAACCUCAGCACCCAGCUUGGUGUUGGAUUAACCGGACUGACCCCUUUAGCCAUGAUGUCUGAAAGCAGCAGCGACGCGGUGGUGUGACCUCGUUAUGAACUACAGCGCUCCGGAGCGAUGCGCUUUUGUGAAGAGGACGCCGGACUGCAGCGUGGCGGACGGCUUCAUCAACUACCUUAAACUGGCCUUCUGCUUGCUGCCUCCCAACCUCACUCCUCUCACUAUCACCCUCUGUAUUAUAUGGCUGCUCGUCUUGUUUUUCAUUCUGGGACUUGCUGCUUCAAAGUUUUUUUGUCCCAACCUGUCAGCCAUCUCCUCCACUCUUCACCUCUCUCACAACGUUGCUGGUGUGACGUUCCUGGCUUUGGGUAAUGGUGCUCCAGACAUCUUCAGUGCAAUAGCAGCAAUCUCCCGUCCACAUACUGCUGGGCUGGCUGUUGGAGCCUUGUUUGGAGCUGGCAUAUUUGUUACAACAGUAGUUGCAGGAAGUGUCUCACUGGUCAAACCCUUUCCUGUGGCUUCCCGUCCGUUCCUGCGUGAUCUUGUCUUCUACAUGAUUGCAGUGUUUUGGACCUUUCUCAUCCUCUACAGAGGCAGUACAACCCUGGGAGAAACACUAGGAUACAUGGGCCUGUAUGUGCUUUAUGUUCUGACUGUUAUUAUCAGCACAUACGUCUACAAUCGGCAGAAAGGUUCAGUUACAAACGGUGUCCAAAAUGUUCCACAUAUUCCAGCAGAAUUUAACUCGUCGUACUCCACUGAUGAGGACGACGUUCCUGAUCUGAUAGACGGGACAGUCCAGCAGGAGUACGAGUCCGAGUACAGUCCACUCCUGCCUUACUCUGAAUCCACGAGUGAAAUCCUGCUCAGCUCUUUGAAUCCGGUGGACAACAGGAAGUGGAGGAGGAAACCAUGGACCUGGAAAGUCCUUAAAGUAGUAAAGACUCCCCUGGAGGUGCUGCUGCUGUUCUGUGUCCCUGUGGUGGACCCGGACAAAGAAGACAAAAACUGGAGGAGACCGUUGAAUUCCCUCCAUCUAAUCACUUCUCCUCUGCUGUGUGUUCUGGUCUUCCAGUCUGGAGCAUAUGGAGACCUCAUGAUCCAGGGGGAGUUGCCUGUCUGGCUGCUGACUCUCCUGCUGGGAAUGUUCUUGGCUGCUAUAGUUUUCUGCAACACCACCAAUGACCAUCCUCCUAAAUAUCACCCACUUUUUGCACUUUUGGGCUUCGUGGUGAGCGCGGUGCUGAUCAGCGCCGCAGCCUCAGAGGUGGUCAGUCUUCUGCACAUGCUCGGUGUGGUGCUGAGUCUCAGCAACACCGUGCUGGGCUUGACUCUUCUGGCCUGGGGCAACAGCAUCGGAGACUGUUUUUCUGACAUCACCAUCGCUCGGCAGGGCUACCCACGCAUGGCCAUAGCUGCUUGCUUCGGAGGCAUCAUUUUCAACAUGCUGUUUGGAGUAGGGUUGGGAUGUCUGGUGCAGAUGUGUACAACACACUCUUUUGUGCAGUUUGAAUCGCAGGGCUUGUUGACGUGGAUUCUUGCAGGUUCCCUGGGCUUGUCCUUGGUCCUGUCCUUUAUCAUUGUUCCACUCAGCCAGUUCCACUUGGGUCGGUCCUAUGGAAUCUUCCUCCUCAUUUUCUACUCCAUAUUUCUGGUCAUUGCACUUCUCACAGAGUUUGGAAAGAUCCACUCCUGAGCUUACACCAGACUGACAUCUGCCUGUAAUGAUGCUGCGGAAAGCAGAAAUGUACUUUGCUGCUCUUGCUUGUAGUUAGUAAAGCCAUCUGGCUAAAGACUUUUAAGUGCUCAGGGCGGAUUGAAACCAGCCUCACUGUGCCUUUUUAUUGGUCCCCUUGGACCCCUGGUGCUGUGAUUUCAUACAGAUGUCAUAAUUUUAUAUAUUUUAUAUGGUCUGUCAAUCAAUAUAUUUGUGAUUUUUAACAAAGCUGCUUUUUUGGUG